AUGGUUUGCCUCUCACAGGAGCUGAGUGUAGAGGAGUUUGUGGAGCGGUUUGAGCGCCCGCGCCUGCCCGUAGUCAUCACCGGGCUGUGCGACAGGUGGCGAGCAGCCAAGGACUGGAAUGAGGACACCCUGCUGCAGCGAUACGGGGACCACAAGUUCAAGGUGGGCAGCGAUGACGACGGCUACGCUGUGCGAAUGAAGCUGAAGCAUUACUUAUCCUAUGUGCACGACCGCGAGCAUGCGCCGGCCGAUGACUCGCCGCUCUACAUUUUUGACGGCACGUUCGCCGACCGCCGGGGAAGCCGGGGGCUGCGGCGCGAGUACGAGGUCCCCCACUACUUCCAGGAGGACCUCAUGCGCCUUGCGGGGGACAAGCGGCGGCCACCCUACAGGUGGCUGGUGAUGGGCCCUGGGCGCAGCGGCUCUGGGCUGCACAUCGACCCGCUGGCGACCUCGGCCUGGAACGCCCUCGUGCAGGGGCACAAGCGCUGGGCGCUGUUCCCUCCAGGCACUCCGCGGCACGUGGUGCUACCGAGGGAGAAGGGGCUGGAGCGGGAGGCUGUCAGCUGGUUCACUGUCAUGUACCCGCGCACUCAGGCGCCCGACUGGCCCACUGCGCGGCCCAUCAACAUCAUCCAGGGGCCCGGGGAGACGGUGUAUGUGCCAGGCGGCUGGUGGCACACGGUGCUCAACCUGGACCUGACCAUCGCCGUGACGCACAACUACUGCAGUAGCGCAACCUUCCCCGCCAUCUGGGCGCACACUCGCCGCGGCCGCCCCAAGAUGAGCGCGUGCUGGCUCGCCCAGAUCCGCAAGGAGCGCCCCGACCUGGCGGUGAUAGCGGAUGAGUUGGCGCAGAGGGGCGAGGACGAGGACGGCACCAGCUCAUCUUCCAGCAGUUCCUCAUCUUCGUCAUCUUCCUCCAGCAGCAGUGAGAGCAGCUCCUCGCGCUCAGGGCCAGUGGAUAGAUGCCACAGUGACAGAGCGCAGAUUGUGUAG